AUGAAUGGUGAUGUGGUUGGGUGUUGGGGGGGGGGUGAUAUGUUGUGUUUUUGGGGGGGGUGGGGGGUUGUGGUGUUUGUGGUGGUUGAUGGGGUGUUUGGUUUGUGUGGGUUUGGGUUGGGGUUUGGGGUGGGGGUGUUUUGGUUUGGGUGGGGGGUGUGUUUGUGUGGGGGGGGGUGUGUGGGUGGAAUUUUUAUUUGGGUGAUAUUGGUUGUUUUUUUGGUGUUGGGGUGGUGUGUGUGGUGGGUGUUAGUAGGUUUGAUUGGGUUGGUUUGGUUAGGGGGGUGUUGUUUUUGUUGUUUGAUUUUUUUGGUGUGUUGUGUGUAUUGGGGUAAGUUGGCUUGGGGUUGUGUUGGUUUGUUUUUGUGGGUAGGGGGGGGUGUGGUGGGGUUUGGGGUUAUUGUUGUGGUUGGUUUUUUAAGGUGGUAUUUGUAUGAGGUGGGUUGGGAGGGUGUUUUUGGUGGGGAUAUGUUUUGGGGUUGGUUUUUGUGUGUUUGGUGUGUGGUAUGGUUGUUUGUGUUUGUUAUUGGGUAG